AUGGGUAAAGACGAUACAACAAAAAAACGUCGCAAAUUGAUGACUAGUUCUACAAAUGAAAACGUUAAACAGUCUCCCGAAGACGUAUACAAGAAAGUCGUAGAUUUUGAAGAAGCGGAAGCUAGGCAGCGACCUGCUGAAAAGGAUGCAGCCUUAUUUAAAAAGAUAUGUCAGGAUGUACGCCAGCUUUUUGCUGAUAUAGCAGAGCUUAAAGAGAUCGGCACUGAGGAGGCAAGAGAAAAAAUUAAUGCUAAGAGGAUUGAAGCUUCAUUGCAAUUGGUCGCUCUGAAGAAAGUAAACAGAUUGGAGAAAGUGAGAACACGUGCAGGUCGCGAUGCCCUCCAUAAAGAGAAACAAAGAGUUGACUCAACACAUCUAUUAUUGCAAAAUUUGUUGUAUGAAGCUGAUCAUUUAAAUAAAGAAGUAACUAAGUGCCUACAGUUCAAAUCAAAAGAUGAAGAGAUUGAGCUUGUACCAGUUGAAGACUUCUACAAAAAUGCCCCAGCAGAUGUUUCACGUCCAGAUAUAACAAAGACUGAUGAGCAUCAACUGCAACUUGCACGAUUGGAAUGGGAGCUUCGCCAACGUAGAGAACUAUCUGGUGCUUGUAGUGAACUUGUUGCAUCUAAAGAGAGAGUGGCAGCAGCAAUUGCUGCAGCUAGGUCCCGUUUAGAUGCCCUAGCCCCACACCUCAAAGAUGUUCUUAAAGCGACAAAGCCAUUACAAGAAUGCUUAGCGUUAAGACUAGAUGAGAAGAGAGAGGAAACUAAGUUGGCUGCAUUGCUACCACCACCCUUAUUUCUACUGUAUGCUAAUGCUAGUGCAUACUCAGAUGCUUUGGGUACCAAAAAUUUGGUUGUUGGUAUAUCUGGUGAUGAAGAUGAGGCAAGACGAUUUGAUCAAACAAGCAACACUGAAGUUGAAUUGGUGGUGUCCAAUGAUUCUGAUUCUGAUCAAGAUGGUAAUGACGAAGAUCGAAGAGAGAAAAAGAAACGGCACCACAGAUCUGCCAAAAUAUCAAAAGAAGAGAAAGCAGAAGCCAAAAAGAAAGAAGCCCUCAAGAAACACCCAUUGCAUGUAUUAGUAACAGUUAAAAUUCCAGAUGGCACUGCUUUGAAUCUAGUCUUUUCAUAUUUAACACAUCUGAAAAUUAUUGUUGUAAGGUACACUAUGCACCACCCAAAACCAAUAACUGGUGUAUCUGCUGCUGAUGUUUUAGAUGGGGACUGUGUAUUGAACGAGUUGUAUACUGGUGACACAGGUUCAGAUUCACCACAUCCUGCUACGACCUACUUGCUCAAGGCAGCAGGCAUCUUAGAUGGUUUUCCGCAGUUCAUACCAGAUAUUGGUAAACCGUACAUAUGGGCUCAACGCAUGUGCGGUCUGGAUUUCAUGACUGCUGUUGGAGAUGAACAAAAAGAUCUAAAAAAUAUUCAACUGUGUCCUAGUUUAAGUGUAGCUACUGUUGAGAAUUUUAUAUUCACUCUUCAAAAGAGAUUGAAAGCUAGAGUUGAGCUUAUGAAAGAACUGCAAGACCUUGAAUGUGGUAAAAUAACUCCUACUAAGGAAAUGUCAUCUAUAAGAUUAUCCGGUUCUUUGACACAGUGGCAGGCAGUGAGCUGGUCUGAAUACAGUCAAUCGCCAUCAACAGCAUUCUUGAUAUCUGAGAGUUUAGUGACACCGGAUGAUAUGUUAUACAGAGCCAUAAUAACUCGACAGUCCGCUAAGCUUGUAGCUCUUGUUUCAUUGUGCAGUGAUUAUCCAAAGAAAUCACCACUGUUUUCUCUAACCUUGCAUUACAAUGGUACAUAUGAUAAUGCCACAAGUGACGACAUAAGGGACAUAGAGAGACUUGUAAACACAGACUGGCAAAAGAGCAAUAUGUGUAGCCUUACAAAUCAAAUAACUAAGCUUUUAACUUGUCUGGAUGUUUUACUUGAGACAAUGGGUACACAAGAAUUUCCUCCGGACAAAGUGAUGUUACUACUUGUCCGUGGAAGAAACAGAUUGAAACCAUACAAGUUUUUAAAGCAAGGAACGGGAAUGUUUGUGCAGGUUUAG